AUGGCAGUGCAAAGGCAAACACCAGCGUCAAUGUUUACCAACCCAUCAAUGACAGAGCAACAUGGGCUCGUUGGUGGGGUGCGAAUCACAAUUCCAAGCAAGUUGUCUAAUAAACUGACACACACCUUCAAAUUUAGCGGAUCUAUUGGGCACUUUCCAGGUGGUGAUGGUACAGGCGUUGGCGGCUUUACAGGUGGUGACGCUGUUGGCGGUGAUGGCACUGGUGUUGGCGCUGGUGUUGGCGGCUUGACAGGUGGUGAUGCCAUUGGUGGAGAUGGCACUGGUGUUGGUGGCAUGACAGGUGGUGACGCCAUUGGUGGUGAUAGAAUAGGCGUUGGUGGCUUGACAGGUGGAGAUACCAUUGGUGGAUUGACAGGUGGUGAUGACAUUGGUGGUGAUGUUGCUGGUGUUGGCGGCUUGACAGGUGGAGAAGCCAUUGGUGGGUUGACAGGUGGUGACAUCAUUGGUGGUGAUGGUACUGGCGUUGGCGGAUCUACAGGUGGUGACGCCAUUGGCGGUGAUGGCAUCGGCGUUGGCGGAUUUACAGGUGGUGAUGAUGUUGGCGGUGAUGACACUGGUGUUGGAGGCUUGACAGGUGGUGAUGCCAUUGGUGGAGAUGACACUGGUGUUGGUGGCGUGACAGGUGGUGACGCCAUUGGUGGUGAUGGAACAGAAGUUGGUGGAUUGACAGGUGGAGAUACCAUUGGUGGAUUGACAGGUGGUGAUGCCAUUGGUGGUGAUGAAGCUGGUGUUGGCGGCUUGACAGGUGGAGAAGCCAUUGGUGGGUUGACAGGUGGUGACAUCAUUGGUGGUGAUGGUACUAGCGUUGGUGGCUCUACAGGUGGUGACUCCAUUGGCGGUGAUGGCAUCGGCGUUGGCGGAUUUACAGGUGGUGAUGAUGUUGGCGGUGAUGACACUGGUGUUGGAGGCUUGACAGGUGGUGAUGCCAUUGGUGGAGAUGACACUGGUGUUGGUGGCGUGACAGGUGGUGACGCCAUUGGUGGUGAUGGAACAGAAGUUGGUGGAUUGACAGGUGGAGAUACCAUUGGUGGAUUGACAGGUGGUGAUGCCAUUGGUGGUGAUGAAGCUGGUGUUGGCGGCUUGACAGGUGGAGAAGCCAUUGGUGGUUUGAUAGGUGGUGACACUGUUGUUGGCGGCUUGACGGGUGGUGACACCAUUGGUGGGUUGACCGGAGGUGACGCCAUUGGUGGGUUGACAGGUGGUGACACCAUUGGUGGUGAUGGCUCAGGAGUUGGCGGCUUGAUAGGUGGUGAAGCCAUUGGUGGUGAUGACACUGGUGUUGGCGGCUUGACAGGUGGAGAGGUCAUUGGUGGCUUCACAGGUGGUGAAGCCAUUGGCGGUGAUGACAUAGGCGUUGGGGGGUUAACAGGUGGUGAUGCCAUUGUUGGUGAUGACAUAGGCGUUGGUGGGUUAAUAGGUGGUGACACCAUUGGUGGUGAUGACACAGGCGUUGGUGGCUUGAUAGGUGGAGAUGCCAUUGGUGGGUUGACAGGUGGUGACGUCAUUGGUGGAUUACCGGGUGGGGACGCGGUUGGUGGAUUGCCGAGUGGUGACGCUAUUGGCGUUGGUGGCUUGCCGGGUGGUGACGCCAUUGGUGUUGGUGGCUUGCCGGGUGGUGACACCAUUGGCGUUGGUGGCUUGCCGGGUGGUGAUGCCAUUGGCGUUGGUGGCUUGCCGGGUGGCGACGCUAUUGGUGUUGGUGGCUUUCCAGAUGGUGACGCAACGGGAGUUGGUGACUUUCCAGGUGGUGACGCAAUUGGAGUCGGUGGCUUUCCAGGUGGUGAUGCAUUUAGAGUUGGUGAUUUUCCUGAUGGUGACUUUCCACCAUGGUUACGUGAUUCUGAUUGGGAGGGGGUAUUUUGAGCAUUCACGAUAGUGAAAAACAAUAGGUUGAGGCAAAGGAGGAGGGUAACCGAUGACAAAACUUUUGAAGACAUCUUUACAACAAAAUUAAACGGAAAGUUUUCGCUAAGCGAA